AUGAGGUGUAAACUAAAACCAGAGAUCAAAGUAUGUGGUAGAGGCAGCAACGAAGACAGAAAUUGUGACAUUCAGCUUAGUGAUGAUCAACUACUGAUUAUGACUCUUUCAAAGGUUGAGAUGAUGUUGCAAGCUAAUGGUAGGUCACUUCGAGAGUUUAAUGAUAAGACAUUUCUAUAUAGGGCACUUACUGCAGCUAUUCGUAUUAAAGGAGAAAUUGUUCUUAAUGUUGCCUCAAGUGGAAUUGCAUCUCUUUUGCUUCCAAAAAGCCGUACAGCUCAUUCUAGGUUUAAGAUACCUUUGGAACUUCAUGAAGAUUCUGUAUGUAGUAUAAAACAAGGGUCUCCGCUUGCUAAGUUGAUUUGCAAAGCAAAGCUUAUUAUAUGGGAUGAGGCUCCGAUGCUAAACAAGAUUUGUUAUGAAGCACUCGACAAGUCUUUCAAAGACAUACUUAGAUCUUCAUCAUCAUACAAUGAAGACUUACCCUUUGGUGGUAAGGUAGUCGUACUUGGAGGUGACUUUAGACAGAUUCUACCUGUCAUACCUAUGGGAUCUAGACAAGAUAUUGUACAAGCUACAAUUAACUCAUCUUAUCUAUGGUCAUCAUGCAACGUAAUUACUCUUUCUCAGAAUAUGCAUCUUACAGUUGGUGUGCUUGAAUCUGAUUCUAUUGAAAUCAAACAAUUUGCUCAAUGGCUUCUUAGAAUUGGUGAUGGUCUUAAAGGAGAUUCAAUUGAUGGUGAGUCUGAGGUCAAUAUUCCAGAAGAAAUUCUAAUCAAGGACAAUGUUGAUGGCUUUGACAAUAUCAUUAGAUUUGUAUAUCCUGAUAUACUUACUAAUGUGCAGCAGUAA